AGUCUUCCUUUUCCGGUUGCGCUGCAGCCGCCGCCGCCGCCAUGGCGCGAGUUUACAUCGGCAAGCUGAGCUACCAGGCGCGCGAGCGGGACGUGGAGCGAUUCUUCAAGGGCUUCGGUCGUCUCGUCGACAUCACCGUCAAGAAUGGCUUUGGCUUUGUGGAGUUUGAGGAUGCCCGCGACGCGGAUGAAGCCGUCUAUGAGCUCAACGGGAAGGACAUGAUGGGCAUGCGCGUGAUCGUCGAGCGCGCGCGUGACUCCUCUCGCGAUGGUCGCUGGGGGGUCCGCCGCCUCGCGAUUCUGCAGGUACCACCCGACACUCCAGCCCAGGUAAUUCCCCCUCUCCUCCCCUCCCCUGCAUGGGCGCCGGUUCGGGCCACCAUGUACGCACCGAGUACACGUCUCGUUGUGGAGAAUCUAUCUAGCCGCUGCAGCUGGCAAGACCUGAAGGACCACAUGCGGCAGGCGGGCGAGGUGACCUACGCGGACACUAACCGUGGGCGCCACGAGGGCGUCAUCGAGUUCCGCACGCUCGCCGACAUGCGCCGCGCGCUUGACAAGCUCGACAACUCGGAGCUGUACGGGCGCCGCAUUCGCCUGACGCGGCAGCGCGCCUCAAGAUCUGGCUCGCGUAGCCGCUCCCGCUCGCGAAGCAGGAGCCGCCGUCGCUCGCCCUCACCGUUCGCCCCGGAGACGCUCCGGGUCUCGGUCGCCACGGAGAACGCUCAGGCUCCUCCGCAUCUUCCGCUCGGCUUCAACUACGUGUUGUUUGGCUGGGAAUCUCGGCGCUAG